AUUUAAUUUCUCUCUCUUAUCCACCCCCUCUUUCUUUAGUCCUUAUAUAUCCAUUCAGGUACUUCAUUUCCUCACAUUCACACCCCCAUUAAUUCAACACUCAUAAACCACCUCCUUAUCCACUAGCCGGCAGGUCAAAAAUGUUACGAUGUGUGGCUCAAUCCACAACCUCGUCGCCUGAGAAAUACGCGGUCAUGGGCAUGGACAUGAGUGUCCUCGAAAGACAAAGGGCCGUCUUACAACGCCUUUGUCAACAACAACAACAUUCUUGGCAACUUCAAGAAGCUGCUAACAUAAAUCCUAUGAUUCACCAAAAUAUGUCAAAUUUGCAUCCGGCGAAAUAUGAUCAAUGUUUGGAUGAAAUCAAUUUGCCCAGUUUCGCUAUUUAUGGAAGAGAGCAGCAGCAGCAUAUUGGAUUUGCCUGUCCUGAACUCACAAGUGCUUCAGUUUCAGCUGUUUCUAAUAAUUCGUCAAUGACAAAACAUGAUCAUCACAUCGAUAGCAGGAUGUUAAAGAGAAAAGGAACUGUGUCCAAUUCCACGAGGAAACGAAAAGCAGAGUUUGAUGUUGAAGAGGAUUGCAACGACAAAGGGGCUGAGAGAGAUGCAGGAGAAAUUCAAUCAGAUAUCACAGUGAAAACUGAUAGGGAAACUUCGACUAACAAUUCUUCGAAGGAAAGCAUUCAAAAGCCCGACUAUAUUCAUGUCAGGGCGCGUCGUGGCCAGGCCACUGAUAGCCACAGCUUAGCCGAAAGAGCAAGGAGGGAGAAAAUCAGCAAGAAAAUGAAGUAUCUGCAGGAUUUAGUCCCAGGAUGUGACAAAGUUACUGGCAAAGCUGGAAUGCUUCAUGAAAUCAUCAACUAUGUUCAGUCAUUACAAAGACAAGUCGAGUUCCUUUCGAUGAAAUUGGCUGCUUUAAAUCCAAGGCUCGACUUCAGCAUCGAUGAUUUCUUCUCAAAAGAGAUUCCAGCAUAUAUUGCCAGUUUCCCGAUGCAAUUACAAGUGGCGAAUCCAACAAGCUUACAGUAUAAUCCACUGCAACAAGGAGGGAUAAGUUGUGGGGUUGAUAUAGCAAUGGCUCCAUCUCAAAUAUUACCUCAAAAAGAAGGAAGCUCUUCUGUUCCUAUUACAGAAGUAUAUCAUGAUUCUUCUUCUGCACAUCAAGCACAAAUGCUGCCAACUUGGGAUUCUGAAUGGCAGAAUCUUUUCAGCGCUGGCUUUCAUUAGUUAUGAAGAAUUAAUUGCUUAAGCAAAUAAUUGAGUGCAAAUGGUCCCGGAAUCUUGAAUAUUGACUGAUCCAAAGGACAAGAACAAUUUGUGCAAGCCUGGCAGUUGAACAGUUCAAUCUCAAGAUGAAGCACAUAAUCUUUGGACAAGAAUAUAUUAACUACUACAAUGAUAGAGAUUCUUUUUCUUACUGACAAAUCAUAAAUAUCUGUUUUUUAUUACUCAAUUUGAUAAGGCACAUAAUUCAUUUGUUGUCCUUUAUAGUAUAGGUAAUGACUUGAUUGUAUAAAUGUUUCAUUAAGAACUAAGAGUGUGUUUCAUUGCAAGCAUAGAAUUUGUAUAGAAAGAAAAUAAAUUCUAAGUAAUCUAAUUGUUUAGAAUUUA